GGCAACGCUGGGCCAUGCCGCUCAAAUAGCAUUCCAAAUCCGGCGGUGCUUUUUUGUCAUGUUCGUCGCUGCAAUCUUCUCUCGUAGCAUCACUGUGGUAAUACGAUACUAGCUACAAGCUUGUCUGCGGCAAAGAUUUUGUAGGAUCGAUUGUUGCAGUGGAGAUAUUCUUCUUUGUUCGUUCUGUUGGGAGCUAGUAGCAGAGAUCGAUGGGUAGCUCGGACCAGAAGGCGGCCGGCGGGGCCGUGGGUGGCAAGUCGGCGCGCGCGUGCGACGCGUGCAUGCGGCGGCGGGCGCGGUGGUACUGCGCCGCCGACGAUGCCUUCCUCUGCCAGAGCUGCGACACGUCGGUGCACUCGGCGAACCCGCUCGCCAGGCGCCACGAGCGCCUCCGCCUGCGCGCGACGUCAGCGUCUCCGCCCAAGGCCGAGUGCGUGGCGGAGGUGACGACGACGACGACGAUAUCGUCGUCCAAGCGCUUGCGCGUCGCGCCCGCGUGGCUGAAGCGGAAGGCGCGCACUCGGCGGCCGCUGGUGAAGAGCGUCGGUCAACUGCUCUCGAGGCGGCUCGUGGUGCCCGAAGUGGGCGCCGGAGAGUCAUCGGACGAGCGCAGGGCAACGGAGGAGGAGCAGUUGCUGUACCGCGUGCCGGUCUUUGACCCCGCUCUUGGCGAGUUCUGCUCACCGCUGCCAAUUGACGACGCGGCGGCCACGACCUCGGGCAGCUGCAGGGAUGAUGUCGACGGCGCCGUGGAACAAACGAAGGAGCCCAUCGUCGCGCCGUCUCCCGUGCAGGAGCUCCCCGAUUCUUUUGCCACUUUCGGUCCGACGGAUGCCGAGCUCAGUGAGUUCGCGGCCGACAUGGAAGCCCUCCUCGGCCAGGGCCUGGACGACAGCAGCGAGCUGGGCGACUCGUUCUACAUGGAGGCCCUAGGGCUCAUAUCGCCGGCGGGAGACGGCGGGCGGGUAAAGGCGGAGGCCCACGGCGGCCUUGUCCGUAAAAGCAACGGCGUGCUGGCGUCUGGCCCGGACAUGAAACCGGAGUUUAACGGCAGCCCGCCAACACUGGUGGACGACGACGAUAGUUUCGAGCACAAGACGUCGUCGGCGAGCAACUGCGGCGACGCCGUUGAUGAUGCGCAGUUCUUGAAGAGGAGCCUGGAUCUUAGGCUCAACUACGAGGGAAUCAUCGAGAGCUGGGGCAGCUCGCCGUGGACCGACGGCCGGCGGCCGCACGGCCAGCUCGACGACCUGCUGCUAUACGACCACUCGGGCAUGUGGACUGCCGGAGGAGGAGGACGGCAGGGCGAGGCGGCGUGGACGCCGAGACCGAAGGCCGACGGGUGGCGGGAGGCACGGGUGUCGCGGUACAGAGAGAAGCGGCGGACGCGGCUGUUCGCCAAGAAGAUACGCUACGAGGUGCGGAAGCUGAACGCGGAGAAGCGGCCCCGGAUGAAGGGCCGCUUCGUCAAGCGCUCCGGCGCCGCCGCAGCCGCCCCGUGCGCCGUCACCUGAGCUAGCCAGUCUGUGGACGUCUAGUCCGUUGCACCGUCCGUGUCAACUCGACACGUACGACCGUUCAUGCGUGUGCUCGUCACGGGCUCGGCAUGAAAUUACACAAACACAACUUGUCGAAGCUGCUUUUAGUGUCUGUUUUGCUCGUCAGAGACGACUUUGUUCUUUUUUUUUCUCGUGAUUUCGGCACUGGGAGAUCGGUGCAGGGGGUCGAGGGUUUUCUUAGAUUUCUAGCUCACCGUGAGAAGAAAUGAUUUGGCUUGGCGUUUUUUGCGACCUUUUCUCUCGCUUCAAGAGAGGAUAGGUGGUUCUUCAUGGCACGUUGUACUGCCUGUACAUUUGUACAUGGUUGGAGUAAUAAUAAAGUAACAUAUGUAACA